AUGGCCUCUCUCCCCGACGAACUUUGGAGCAAAAUUCUCGAAAUCGGUAUCCGAAACAGCACUUUGACCUACAAGGACUUCUGCUGCAUCUCUAUCACAUCCCGCCUCCUUCAUCGCCUCUCCUCCGAAGACUCUCUUUGGAACCGCUUUCUCUCCUCCGACUUCCCUCUUUCACCUUCUUCUUCUCUUCCUUCUUCUUCUUCCAAAUCCCUUUAUAAACUCAGGUUUGAGAGAGACAAAGAGAGGAAAAUAGCAGCUCAUAGGAGGGCUGUUCUGAGAAAGGAGAGCCAGAUUUCCGAACAUUCUAGAAGGCUCCAUGAUAUUCAGAAACUCGUGUCUCAAGAAAAAAUCAAAGCUAUUCAAACUUCUAAUGAGUUCUCCUAUUUACUUAGGGUCAGAGAAGCUUCUGUGGCUUUGAAUGUAUGGCAACCCGAGGUUGUCCGGGGUCGGCAAAAACAGAUGGUGGAACAAUCUGGUGUGCCUGCGGAAUCUCGGAUUCGUACACUGGAGAUGGAACUCAGGCUUUGUAAGCAACAGAUUAUGGGGUUGGAGAAGUCUCAUAGAGACGAAAAACGCAGGCUUGAUGCUGCAAAGAAAGAGUUGGAGUCUAUGAAGUAUCAUCCUCUUCCGGAGAAUAAGCCUGUGAGUGGAGGGGAGAGUGAACGGAUAGUCAAGCAAAAGAAGUUGAAAAGCUGCAAUAGCUUGCGUGAAAAACAAUACAAAACACAAUGA